CGCGCACAAGUCCCCGGCCUGGAGGGCUCGGAGGGAACAGGGGAACGGGGAGGCGACUUCUUCGGACUCCGCGGCGGCGCGCAGGCGCCGUGGCCCGACCGGGGACUUUGUUCUCCGCGGAGAGACCCAAGGGCGGUGCCGGUGGCUGGCUGCGCACGCGCGCCGCCUCAUUUCCGGUGCUCUCUUUCGCUGGGUCGCUCGGGUCGGCUUCGGUCGCUGUCGCUCCCGCUCUCUCACCCCCGCCAACCGCCGCUCGGGCCGCCGCCGCUCGGGCCUCCGCCGCUAACGCGUCGCUUCCUCGAUCCUUUAAUCGCACAUCUUUCCCAAUGCAGCGUCGGGACGACCCCGCCGCGCGCAUGAGCCGGUCCUCGGGCCGCAGCGGCUCCAUGGACCCCUCAGGUGCCCACCCCUCCGUGCGUCAGGCGCCCCCUCGGCAGCCGCCGCUGCCUCACCGGUCCCGGGGAGGUGGAGGAGGGUCUCGCGGGGGCGCCCGGGCCUCGCCCGCCACGCAGCCGCCACCGCUGCUGCCGCCCUCGGCCACCGGUCCCGACGCGACAGUGGGCGGUCCAGCGCCGACCCCGCUGCUGCCCCCCUCAGCCACUGCCUCCGUCAAGAUGGAGCCGGAGAACAAGUAUCUGCCCGAACUCAUGGCCGAGAAGGACUCGCUCGACCCGUCCUUCACUCACGCCAUGCAGUUGCUGACGGCAGAAAUUGAGAAGAUUCAGAAAGGGGAUUCAAAAAAGGACGAUGAGGAGAAUUACUUGGAUUUAUUUUCUCACAAGAACAUGAAGCUGAAGGAGAGGGUUCUGAUACCUGUCAAGCAGUAUCCCAAGUUCAAUUUUGUGGGAAAGAUCCUUGGACCACAAGGAAAUACAAUCAAAAGACUGCAAGAGGAGACUGGUGCAAAGAUUUCUGUGUUGGGAAAGGGCUCGAUGAGAGACAAAGCCAAGGAGGAAGAGUUGCGCAAAGGUGGAGACCCCAAAUAUGCCCACUUGAAUAUGGAUCUGCAUGUCUUCAUUGAAGUCUUUGGACCCCCAUGUGAGGCUUAUGCUCUUAUGGCCCAUGCUAUGGAGGAAGUCAAGAAGUUUCUAGUACCAGAUAUGAUGGAUGAUAUCUGCCAGGAGCAAUUUCUAGAGCUUUCCUACUUGAAUGGAGUACCAGAGCCCUCCCGUGGACGUGGGGUGCCAGUGCGAGGCCGGGGAGCUGCACCUCCUCCUCCACCUGUUCCCAGGGGCCGUGGCGUUGGGCCACCUCGGGGGGCUUUAGUGCGUGGUACACCAGUGAGAGGGGCCAUCACCAGAGGUGCCACUGUGACUCGAGGAGUGCCACCCCCGCCUACUGUGAGGGGUGCUCCAGCUCCAAGAGCACGGACAGCAGGCAUCCAGAGAAUACCUUUGCCUCCACCGCCUGCGCCAGAGACGUAUGAGGAAUAUGGAUAUGAUGAUACAUACGCAGAACAGAGUUAUGAAGGCUACGAAGGCUAUUACAGCCAGAGCCAAGGGGACUCAGAAUAUUAUGACUAUGGACAUGGGGAGGUUCAAGAUUCUUAUGAAGCAUAUGGCCAAGAUGACUGGAAUGGGACCAGGCCGUCGCUGAAGGCCCCUCCAGCUAGGCCGGUGAAGGGAGCAUACAGAGAGCACCCAUAUGGACGUUAUUAAAAACAAACAUGAGGGGAAAAUAUCAGUUAUGAGCAAAGUUGUUACUGAUUUCUUGUAUCUCCCAGGAUUCCUGUUGCUUUACCCACAACAGACAAGUAAUUGUCUAAGUGUUUUUCUUCGUGGUCCCCUUCUUCUCCCCACCUUACUCCAUUCUUAACUCUGCAUUCUGGCUUCUGUAUGUAGUAUUUUAAAAUGAGUUAAAAUAGAUUUAGGAAUAUCGAAUUAAUUUUUUAAGUGUGUAGAUGCUUUUUUCUUUGUUGUUUAAAUAUAAACAGAAAUGUACCUUUUAUAAUAAAAAAGAAGUUGAGUAAAAAAAAAAAACCACAAACCUGUUAGUUUCAAAAGUGACAUUGCUUGCUUAAAGGUUCUGAAGUUAAGGCUUGUUAGCUUUCUCUUAGUUUUGAUUUGAGGCAUCCCGUAAAGUUGUAGUUGCAGAAUCCCAAACUAGGCUACAUUUCAAAAUUCAGGGCUGUUUAAGAUUUAAAAUCACAAAUGUUAACGGCAGUAGGUGCCACCAUGUAAAAGUGAGCUCAGAUGUCUCUAAAAAUGUUUCCUUUAUAUAAAAAAGCACAUGGCGGUUGAAUCUUAAGGUUAAAUUUUAAUAUGAAAGAUCCUAAUGAAUUAAAUAGUUGAUGCAAUUUUUAACGUUAAUUGAUUUAAAAACAAAACAAAACAAAAUUAGGUUCGUAAAACUGAAUUUUUCAUUAUGUGGGUUUUGAAAUCUAGCCCCAGACAUACAGUGUUGAGAGAUACUUAGUGGGAAGUAGUUUCUAAAGAGGUUGAUUUGGGGGGAGGGGCUGGCCACUUGAAUUGAAUUUGAUGCAGAGCUUUUUAGUCAUGAACAACCUUUCAGUAGUAAUUCUAAUAAUGAACAUUUCAGUAUUUCAAAAGACAAAGUAUUUUGUCCAUCUGAGAUCCUACACUCCAUGAAAAACUCACUUGGACACUGGGGCCAAAAGCUGAUGAUAUCCUUAAGUUGACGGUUGUCAAUAUUGAACUGUUCCCAAGGAAGUUAGUCAAGUAUGUCUCAACACUAGCAUGAUAUAAAAAGGGACACUGCAGCUGAAUGAAAAAGGAAUCAAAAUCCACUUUGUACAUAAGUUAAAGUCCUAAUUGGAUUUGUACCGUCCUCCCAUUUUGUUCUUGGAAGAUUAAAUGCUACAUGUGUAAAGUCUGCCUAAAUAGGUAGCUUAAACUUAUGUCAAAAUGUCUGCAGCAGUUUGUCAAUAAAGUUUAGUCCUUUUUUAAUCAAA